AUGGCUGAUGAACCAGCACCACCUCGCCGCUCCCCAAGCCCCAUUCCUUUCAAAGAGAAGCUUAGGCGACGUAGAAAGGAGCUGGGCCGGGCCAGGUCAUCCGACGAGGAAGAGCCUGAGGACGAGCCGCUUGGAGAAGGUGCGACUGUUCUGCAUAAGCUGUACGGACGAAGAGUCACGCUUCAUCCUGGCAACAUAGCUAAGAAGUCGGGGAAACGCAUCUGUCUCCAGGAAGCGGAUGCAUUACGAGUCGCCGAGCGAGCUGGCCUACCAGUCCCUCAUGUACAUCAGGUCGAAACAACCCCGGACGGGAAACAUCAUAUAUCCAUGGAUUAUAUAGAAGGCCAAGUGCUUACCAAAGCAUGGCCCGAGUACUCAGAAGUCCAGAAAAGAGCUGUCGUCCAGCAAUUAAGAGAAAUACUUACCAUCAUGCGCUCUAUCCCACCUCCAGAGGGCUAUAUAGGGGACUGUGCGGGCAAUCAGAUCCGCGACACUCGACUUUAUUUCACCCAUAGCGCCCCGGCCUGUCAAGACGAACGAGGCUUCAACCAAUUUCUGAUCGAUGCUCUAGUGCCAGAGAUCCCAAUACCGGUCCACCGAGCAUUUGUCGAGAGAUGGAAUCGUGAUGACCAUCGUGUUGUUUUCACACACAGUGACAUUGCACCAAGAAACAUCAUUGUCCGUGAUGGGAAUAUUGUAGGCUUGCUGGAUUGGGAAGACGCUGGCUGGUAUCCAGAGUAUUGGGAAUACGUCAAAUUCUUUCAACGGUCCUCUAUUGCAGAUGGUGACUGGAGGAACUAUGCCGAUGAUAUCUUUCCGCAACCAUAUCACACUGAACUUGUUGACUAUCUCGCUUUAUCUAGAUGGCAGUAUUCCUAG